AAGCGAUAAACAAAGCCAUCGCCACCACGAAGACAUUGAACGACAUAUACCUGUGGGGUGUCCCUCAAGACAAUGCUUACCACUCGUGAUCUCCAACAGCGGCAAUGGAUGUGAAUCUAACGGAUCUGGACGUGGGGUGCGAGCCAUCGGUGGUCCCACUCGUGUUGGAUGUGCUCUCCUAUGCCUCCCAGUCAUCACCAAAGAUACAGAGUUUAGGUCUUCUACGCGACGGCGAGACACUCAUCAAAGCCAUCUCAGCCUUCGAACGGCAGACCCGGUGGCAGUCCUCCCGUGUCAUCGACCUGUACUUCAAGUACAAGAACGACGCCAUCCAUGGCUACGCGUUCAUCGACGGCUGGCUGGACGCCUACUACGGCGCCAAUCAAGUGAUAGUCACCGACGGGUUCCGGUUCGCCGGCAACGAUGAUGUGCUGGCGGUGGCGCUACUCGUGCUGAACGUGCUGUACGUGCAGAGGGUGUCACUCGCCUAUGAUCUCAAGACUCGGUUGGAGGCGCUGUGGGUGGACGCGGGCGCGCCGGCAGACGCGCUGGUCGUACGGCUCCGGACCAGAGCUCAACUCAAUGAUAGUCAUCCGGGUCUCCACUCGUGCGCACACCAGCUCUUCUCUGGUCACUCCCUACAAGAAUUUCAGUCCAUUCAGCAACGACUCACUCAAAUGGCUCAGCAAAAGCUCAUCACCGACCAGAUGAAGAGGUUGGACGAGAAGGAGAUACUACUGAGACGACAGUCGCAGGAAAUGGCGGAUUUGGGCGCAAAGAUGUUGGCGCUGAUGGCGGAGGUGACGGACUUGAAGCAGACGAACGCCAUACUCACCACUGAAGUCAAGUGGCAGAUGAGUGCCGCCAAAGAGCUCAACCAAACGGUGGCUAAACUCGAACACGAGAACCGAGUGCUCAAGCAGUUGGCGCUCCGGAACAGCUCAUACAUCCUGAACGGCAUCGUCGGCAACGAGUCAGACACCGGUGCGACGACUACCGGUGCCGCCGCAGACAUAUCAAGACAGGGAUCCGUUGCGACCGCCGGCGACGACAACGACACGAGUGAUUCGGUGAGCGAUACGGACGUGGCGUUCAAGAGGUUGUCGCUGAGCAGCGAUAACCACCCGAAGGCCAGUGAGGACACGGACUCGUCCACUGAGAUCGAGGACAUCACCGACAGUGGCAACCAUUCAGACGCGGCCACCGACGACCUGUUGCUCGAGUUGUGUCAACCGCUGGUGACCGUCGCCGCCAACGAGGAAAACAAUGCAAUUAAUGGUAAUGAGAGGAAUGGGAGGAACGGGAGCCGCGAUGACAGCGUACGGACACUGAACUCGUGGGAGGAGUUCUUCGCCAACGAUAGCAAUAAUACGACACAAGACGUGAUGAGCGCCGGGAGGGAGGAGACGGCGACGACUGUCCACACAACCGAUACUUACCAUAAAUCUAAUCAAAGUUUGGGUACAAAUGAUAACAGGAUUUCCGCAUUAAUACUGAACUGAAACCGCAAAACAAAACCCAUUUUUAUUAUUAUUAUUUGAAAAACUCUUUUAAAUCCUUUUUUUUCUUAAUAUUUCUUAAUAUUCACAGUAUUUUCCGAAUGAGAAAAAGUAAACAAAUUUUUAGGAUUUUUAUCGCAAUAUUAAUACAAAUAUUUUUUUUGGUCGUAUUUUUCACACUCUUUUACCGCAAUUUUUAC